GAGAAAGUGGGGGCAGAAGAAAUUAGAAUAGAUGAGAGAGAGAGAGAGAGAAGAGGGUUUCAAAUAUUUGCGGAGGGCGUGACUGCGUGGGCGACAAGGCGAAGAGGGAGAGGCGGUCGUUGCGAAGCGACCCGAGAAAACUAAACAAAAAAGCUUGGAGAGGAGGUUUUCAAAUCUCUCUCUCUCUCUCUCACCCCCCAUUGAAUUCAAAAUUCAUCCUCCUUUUAUGAAGGACGGGGAAGAGUCGAGGGGAUUCAAAUCCAUACUCUAGAAUGGGACUUUCUGUUCUCUGUUACAACUCCCCGACUCCUCCCUGAUCCUCCCCGCCAGCCACCCACUCUUUUUCAAGAACCAUGCCAACAUUUACUACAAUUGCGUUGGAUAGGUUGUUAGAACUUGGGACAUCCAAAUCUGUCGACAAGUCCCUUCCUAAACCUAGGCCUGCUUCCAACAACAGCCGUCCCCCAAGCACGAAGUUAGAGAGGAGAAAUAGUGCAUCAGUUGCAGACAGGAAAGUUCAGCGGCCUCAGAUUAAGCCAGCACUGUAUACCACUCCAGAGGCAACUCCUCUGCCGGAUUCACCAUCUUCGUUUCCUCCUUCCCCUUAUAUUGUCAAUCAUAAGCGGCGUGGGCCUCGUCUUUUGAAGAGUUUCUCUGAGGUUGAUGUGUCCUCUCGUAAAAAGGUGAAUGAUAAGGAAGCGGGAAAUGGGAGUGUGAAGGGUUCGGAUAGCAAUGAUGUACAGUUAACCAAUGGUGCUUCUGUUACUGCUGACACGCCCAUUCCAAACAAAGGACACAGAGAUGAUGGUCUAGAAUGUGCUAGUAGUAAUAAUAUUGGUCUAAGUGGGAGUGUUAAUGGUGAUAAUCGGGCUACAGCUGAUCAACUUGGGAGCAAUCAUGGUAACUAUGAAAGUAGUAUUAUGAUGAGCAAUGGUGUUGCUCGAGAUAAGGAUUCAUUGAAGGUUGUUGUGACAAAUUCAGUAACUGUUGGAGAGGCUGAAGACUUCUUUGACCCACAGGAGUCUUUGAGUGUUGCGAGUAACACAGAUGGAGAGGAUAAUGGUUAUGAACGCUCAGCUAGGUUCAGUACCCCUAUGGGAGAAUAUUAUGAUGCUUGGGAAGAGCUUUCCUAUGAGGGUGUGCCACAACCUUAUAUUAAUGAUCUUGAAGCUCAGUUGCGUGAAAUGAGGCUAACCCUAUUGAUGGAACUAGAGCAACGAAAGCAGGUUGAGGAAGCACUAAAUAAGUUGCAGGGCCGAUGGCAGAGUCUUAGAGAACAGCUGUUGCUUGCAGGAUUGACCCUUCCUUCAGAUCCCACAGUUGCCACUGAAGGAGAGCAGUUAGAUUCCGAUCCUGCUGAAGAAUUGUGCCAACAAGUUUAUCUUGCUAGGUUUGUAUCAAAUUCUAUUGGAAGGGGUAUAGCAAGGGCAGAGGUGGAGACUGAGAUGGAAGGACAGCUUGAAGCCAAGAAUUUUGAGAUUGCUCGAUUGCUGGACAGACUUCAUUACUAUGAAGCAGUGAAUCAUGAAAUGUCUCAGAGAAAUCAAGAAGCUGUUGAUUUGGCACGGCGUGAGAGGUUGAGGAGGAAAAGGAGGCAGAGAUGGAUGUGGGGUUCGGUCGCCACUGCGAUCACACUCGGCACAGCAGUCUUAGCAUGGUCGUACCUUCCUGCGGGAAAAGAUUCAUCGUCCAGCAACCAUUCUAAGGCUGUGGAGCAUGAUGACGCAACAGAUUGAUAACUGCUGACACAAGAAGUAGCUGCUUAUGAUACCUUGUUAUAGAAGGAAAAAAUAAAAGGAGGCAUACGUCAUAGAUGUGGUAUAAUCUGGAUAUCAAAUGUUCAUUUGCUUUUGUCAGAAGUAUUCGCACGCCGAAGAUGUAUAGUUCUUAUAAAUCGUCGGCCCUUAUAAUUAAAGGUGAUAGAAAAAAAGGGGUUGACUUGUUUUUUUUUUUCUCAUCAGAUCUAACAGGGUUAUAACACCUGCAAUUUUUUUGCCAUUCUUCCAGAUGCCAUAUACGGUCUGUUUACUGCUAACUUUAGUGGAAUUCUGCGUUGAGAAUCAAUAAUUACUUGCAGAGAGAAUUUGGAGCUCUCUGUCGAACUCUUUUUUCUUGAUAAUUGCAUGUUUGAGAAAAUAUUAUCUUUUCAGUUUUUAGUAUGAUUAUGAUGGGUGUAUCGUGUGUGCAUCCAUAUGUGGGUUUUAUGAAUAAACUUUUGAUGUUUGCAGAUGAUGCAAUAAA